AUGCAUCAAAAUCCGCUCAUCGCCGCCAUCUUUCUCCUCUUCCUCGCCCAAGGCGUUUCCGGUCUACCCAUCUCUAUGGCCAUGCGUCGCCACCACGGGGGCCACUACCGAUUCCGUCAUCGUCGUCCCACCGUGCGGUCAACCACGCUAAUUUCGAUAGGUCAGGGAAAAAGUCCUGUGAGGCAAGGAACACCAGCAGCGCCGCAAAUCCCCGUCACAGUUCCUACUCCGACAAUACCAAGAAUCCCCGUCGCAGUUCCUCCUCCAUCAACACCACAAACCCCCGUCACGGUUCCUGCUCAACCAACGCCGCCGCCGCCGCCGCCGCCACUGGCAGUCGGAACAGGUGACAUCUCGGAUCAUGCAAAAAAGUUCGGAUGGGACCCAUUGAAGGUGAUUAAAGGAUGUGGGGCUAAUUGCGACUUGCUCAAAUAUCUCCGGAAGGAAGAAUUCCUGGUCGCCCACAAUUGGGUCAGGGUUUUAUUCAAACUUCCACUCUUCACGUGGGAUGAGAAGCUAGAGAAUGUGGCCAAACAAUACGCCAUGCAGCACUACGACGACUGCAAGAUGGUUCACUCGGACUUGCCUUACGGGGAGAACAUUUUCUGGGGCCUCCGUUUGCAUUGGACGCCUUCCGAUGCGGUGUACUAUUGGCUUGAAGAGAGUAAAUGGUACAACUUCACGAACCUCCAGUGCACGGCGCCGCCGGGCAAGGAUUGUGGACAUUUCACGCAGCUCGUGUGGAAGGACUCUUUGCGUUUAGGUUGUGCCCUCCAGCAUUGCCGAGAUCCCACUAAGGGUAUGUUGGUGGUCUGCGAGUACGACCCUCCCGGCAGCUACGACAACGAGAACCCUUUGGACGAUAACAAUGCCAAACACCAAACCUAA